AACAACUGGGAAAUAUAUAGAGGAUCAGUCCCCACCAGGUGGCAUUGGGUCCUAUUUUCUACCUCAAAACAAAAUGAUUGAAGACCCUCUUGAGUUCCUCACUCUUGAGGAGCAAGAUGAAAUUGAAAAUCUGUACCAGUAUGUUCCCAAAGUGAAAGAAAUGUUCCAAGUCCUGAAGAAAAUAGGAGAAGGAACCUUUAGCAAAGUCUAUCUCGCCAAACUUAAACAACAUCCCAACGUGACACAGUAUUUUGCUUUAAAACAUCUAGUACCAACUAGCAAACCAGAGAGGAUAGAACGGGAGCUUAAGUGCUUGUUACAAAUGGGAGGUAAAAACAAUGUCAUGGGGGUGAAGUUGUGUUUACGGGAAAGAGAUCAUGUUGUCAUAGUGAUGCCCUACUUCCAACAUGAUGUAUUUCAGGACUACAUCACAAGCAUGAAUGUUGAAGAAAUGAGGGAAUACAUGCGCAACCUGCUGGUCUCUCUGGCUCAAGUUCACCAGUACAACAUUAUCCACAGAGAUGUGAAACCCAGUAACUUCUUAUACAACAGAAAGUUGAAAAAAUAUGCCCUUGUGGACUUUGGCUUGGCUCAGGACUCAUCAAGUACUUUGGCCACACCUAUCCUCUUCCAAUCCCACCCUCAGACCAACCGUACAAGUCAAGAAAAAAAACCUGUUGUGUCAGUCAAGCAACUUACUGACACACCCACUUUAUCAAAGCAGUGUCAAUCAGAUGUCAGCUCAGUGCCACUCAAACGUCAGGCAGCCACUCCCCUAGCCUCUCCAAACAAGAGGAAAGCAAGGUGUUCCCUUGAAAAUGAGAAUACUCCUAAAUUGUCUCCCAAAAAGGACUUCCAAUCAUCACAGAAACUCGAAGAAAUCUCAACCAAUCCCAAAAUAACAAGGAUCAGGGCGAGCACCGAGGAGGAUAAAGCCAUCAUGAAUAAACUCUCUCACACCAUGGGCCACAACCUUACGCCCCCCACCCCAGAUCUCACCACGGUCGCUUUCACAAAAUCAAAAUCUCCACGAAGAUUUGCUCUCGCAAAGAGAACUCUUCUUGUUCAUGGAAAUGACCAGGGAUCACUGUUUGGUCAAGGGAAGGCACAUACUCUUGCUAACAGACAGGCACUUGCUAAGUCCAAGCCCAGCUUUGGAACCAGACUGUCUUGUGGAACAGUGUCUCCCUCUCCCUGCCAGUGCUUUGGGUUGCCUCAGGUGUGCAGGGUUUGUGUAGCCAGGUCCCGCCAGGAGGCACCACGAGCUGGUACUCCAGGCUUCAGAGCUCCCGAGGUCCUCAUGAAACACCAACAUCAAACAACAGCUGUGGACAUCUGGUCAGCAGGGAUCAUCUUUUUAUCCAUCCUGAGUGGACGCUACCCCUUCUUCAAGGCAUCAGAUGACAUGGUGUCCCUGGCACAGUUAAUCACUGUGGACAUCUGGUCAGCAGGGAUCAUCUUUUUAUCCAUCCUGAGUGGACGCUACCCCUUCUUCAAGGCAUCAGAUGACAUGGUGUCCCUGGCACAGUUAAUCAGCCUCAUGGGGACGAUGGAGGUGAAGAUGUCCGCAAGAACUUAUGGGAAAGAACUGACUUGUUGCCCUGUGGUGAAACCGCUAGAUCUACAGGUGGUUUGUGAAAAGCUGCAGGCUGCACCAAAACGAGGCAAAGGUCAUGGAAAGAAAUCCCCUCCCAGCAGUUCUGAUAAGGAAAAUGGUGGAAGAAUUGGAAUUCCCGACACUGCAUAUGAUUUAUUGAAAAGACUGUUGGACUUGAAUCCGGCCACUAGAAUAACAGCUAAAGAGGCUAUUAAACAUCAAUUCUUUACAGAACAUUUUAAUUAAGUUAUACUUUUGUGACUAAUAUGAAAUAAGAGGACCGGAUGUCAAAUAUGUAGAUUGUUUAUUUUUACUAAUUUAUUAGUGAUGAGUGGUAAGAGGAUAAUUUUUUUUUGUCAUAUUUGAAUUUUUAGAAAAUUUCUUUUCACCGACAUGAAAUCAUUAAUAUGUAUAUAUAUCAUCAACAUUUUUGUUUGUUUCAUUAAAAGACAUCUUUAAAAUUGAAGUUAGUUGUUGUUACCUAUUAGCUACAGUCAAAAACAAAGAGAUCGUAUAGUAGAUGGGUAAUUAACCGGAAAGCAAAUCCACUUCUUUUGUAACAUUUACACAUAUUUUACAAGUCCCUCAUAAAAUAUGAGUUGCUCUUUGUAACAAUUGUGAAAUUUCAAUAAUUCAUCCUUCUUAUUUUUAGCCUUUAUGCUUCUCCUUUUUUAGUUGGAAUGCAAAGAAUGCGAUUUGAAAGUAGGUGUAAGACAUGGAUUAUUAAUUUUACUAAAAAAAUUGAACUAUUUAU